CUCACAAUCACCGCAAUAGCGAACACAAAGAUCAAAACAGCAAGAGCAGAAGCAAAAGACAACAGAACUAACUCAAAACCAUGACAGAACAACAGCCACUGCUACAGAUGACUCUCAACAGCAAGGAGGAAAGCACCACUACCGCCGGUGCAACCGCCAGCGCCAACGAAGCCUUUCGUUUGGAAGAUUCUCCCUCGUAUGAGAUCUUGAACUACCACAACUUGUUGACCAAGAAGUACCGGGUGGUCUCAGAGUCCGAGCUGGAUUUGCUGCCAUCCAACAGUACUCGGAUCAAGAACACCCUUCUAACGCUUGCCACAUGUCCUUGCUUUUGUUUCGGCAUUUCCAAGGGAUUUGAAGUCCCUGGCGGAUCGCUCAAAAUGGCAUAUGAUGGCCGCGGGAAUUACAAGUUCCACGGCCCCGGUGUCCACCAGAUUCUCGAUCCGUACUACAGCGCCAACAGCGACAAUGUCUUGAUUUCUAGUCAGGUCAUUCAGAACGGAGACCGCUGCAUUGUUACAGUCAACCAAGGUUUCAUUGGCUUUUGCUUGGAACGUGGUCAGCCCGUUCUUCUUCCUCCUGGAAUGCACCAGUGGAAGUCGUCAACUCUCAAAUUUGUCCAGAUGAUUGAUCUCAACCAGCCAGUCAUCAAGCUGGGACCUUGGACAUUGUUGACCAUUGACCAAGGAUACAUGGCCGUGACUCAGGACAAUGGAGUCCAGAAAAUCUUGGAUGGUGGCAACGUCUAUCUACUGACACACCGCAACCACAAAUUUCAAAAGUUUGUCUCGACAAAGAUCCAGACCGAUGAAUUGAAGCGCAUUGAAGCUGCCAGUGCUGACAACGUCAUCAUGCUGGUCGACGCCACUGUUCUAUGGCGCGUGGCCGAUGUGGACACGGCGGUCCGCAUGAGCGUCAAGACUAUGAACGCCGAUGGAACCAAGGCUGAAUCCACCACCACCAAGUUGCAGAAUGAUAUUCUCAAGCAGGCAGAAGCCUCCUUGGCCUACUUUGUGGGAACCAUCAACUUUUCGGAUUCCAUGGCAGCUGCGGCCAUGACGCAGCGCAAUAGGGAGCUCGAGCGCCAAUUCCCGACGGCUGCAGCGGAGCCUGCCCUUGCGGGAGACCAGCCAUCAUCCGCUGCAGCCGUUGAAUUCAACCUCUACAACAAUGAAAAGCUGGAUGACGCUGUGAGUCACGCCAAUGAAAUCACAAAGACCUAUGGAGUGGAAAUCAUUAGCAUCAAUAUCAUCUCGGCUAUCCCUGGAGACCGGCAAUUGCAAGAGAGCCUAGCGGCUGGUGCCGUGGCUGCUGCAGAGGCCCAAAUGAUGGAGACGACAGCCCAAGGAAAGAGCCGCGCCAUCAAGAUCGAAGCCAAGGCCCAGGCUGAGCAGACAAUGAUCCUGGCCCAAGCCGACGCAGAUGCGGACAUUGUCCGUGCCGAGGGUGCCAAGAAGGCGGCUGAUCUGCUUGCUGCCAAUGCUGUGUCGGUUGAUCUUGCCAAGAUUGAUCGGACCGGCAAGGCUCUUGCUGGGGACGGCAACCAUGCAUCUUUCUUCUUUGGGGCUCAGCCCCAGGACUUGCAAAACCUUUUGGCAAACGCCAGCGUAGUCAAGGGGCCGGCAUCUGGAGAAGAGUAGAGGUGCACAUAAUGUUGGAUGGAAUCGAAUCUUUUGACAGUUCGUUGCCUGCGAGUUCUCGUGGCU